CCUGCUCCAACCAGCCCGGGCUCUACAAGGCUGGACAACGUCCCCUGCAAUCAGCAUCUUGCAGUUUGCGCAUGAGGAGGGCGGAAAAAAGAGAUUGCGACCGGGCCAGACUGUUCCCAGGGCCUUGAUUCCCGAUAUGCACGUCACAUUAUCUUUCUGUGUUCCCCUUCGGGCAUCAUCACCUGCUACCACUACCACUCCCAUAUGCAGUCCGAAAGUCAAAUUUGAGGGGCCCGACUCAUUGCUCACGAGGAUCCCCCCUUCCCCUCCACUCGCUGUAAAUCUCCUCGUCAGGCCAUUCUCCGACCGUGUUGCCUUGACGAAAUAUGCAACUUUCCGAAAGCCUGCAGCGCGUUCUCAUCCACCCAGAGCGCCACAGCACCACCUCGUGAGGAAUUUUAGCUAAGCGUGGACAGAUCACGGUUGGCUCUAGCCACACUAGUAGCAGCAAGUGGCUGAUCCGGCUGAGUUCCGCGAGCGGGCCCGAACCGUGUCUAGCCGCGCUUUUAGCAAAUUAGGGUCCGAC